AUGAGUUUUUUGAAUGAGUUAAAGAGACAGAAAUCAAAACUGAAAGAGACAGUUACAGUCGUCACCAACAUAGAUGGCGCUAAACAUGUAGAGGGUAGUCAGGAAAUUAUAGAACACACUUUUGGGUUUGUUGUUGAUACAAAACCUGAUAAUAUACCAGUGAUGAUUGUAGAUCAUGUGUAUAUUGGGUCACAGGACUGUACAGACAUUAAAGUGAUAACAGACUACAAUAUACAGCAUGUUCUUAGUUUAGGCGUUGACGUACAUAUUGAGGGUGUGAACAAAAAGUUUGUGAACAUUCUAGACUUACCGGAAUCUGAUGUAAGGCAUGUGCUACAAGAUUGUUUGCCGUUUGUAAAAAAUGCUGUAGAUUUAAAGGAAAAUGUUUUAAUACAUUGUAAUGCUGGGGUAUCUAGGACUUCAAUGGUGGUUAUUGCAUUUCUGAUGCAUUACCAUAGCAUGCCAUUUGAAGAGGCUUACAAAUUUGUAAAGGAGAAAAGACCUGCUAUUCAACCAAAUAGUGGAUUUAAAAUUCAAUUGCAGAAUAUGAGAGCUGGUGCAAUAUUGUAGUCAUGUAGUCAUAAAUCAUAAUGUUUGUCAGUGAUAAGUAAAAAUGAUUGUACAUGGUAUAAACUAUAAGUAACAAGAAAAGUCUUAUUAUAAUAAUAACACUUUACUGUU